GUCAGUCUAUCGCUGCGCGGUGCCGACAACGCGCGAGUUCCGGGGUCGCCAGACUGCACGUACUGAUACUGGACAUCGCAGUUGUUGCUGUCAAGUUUAUAUCAAUACAAAUUUUGUUAUAGCUGCAUUUCUGGAAAGCCGCUGUCAACCUUUAUAAUGGCGACUAGAAGAGUCAGGAGACCAUGAGGUUCCCAGCGCCAGUCUAUGGUACUGCCAACAUGAUCGGUACUGUCCGCAGCAGCAUGCACGCCCAAGUCAUCCUCAUAUUGGGACUGAUGCGCACGCUGGGAGCCGACAGCCAUAACCACCAUCACCACCACACUCCGCUAGAAACCAUGGCUGAUGUUACGAACGACUUUGGCGUCUGUGUAUUACAGGUGAUAUCCUCUCCAAGUACCAACACCGUGUUCUCGCCGUAUGGACUGGUAUCUAUGGCACUGUUGGUAUACGAAGGAGCUACGGGACAAUCUGCAGCUGAGAUAUACAACACACUCCACCUGCCGUGGCACCGUGACAUUGUGCGCAUCGGCUUCCGUGACCUUCACCGCUAUCUUAGGAGCUACUUCUCCGCCGAGGGUUUCCUUAAAGGGCUUGUAUUAAGUAAACCAAAUGCCACCCUUCGGCUGAGUUACAUUGAAGUCCUGAAGUUCUAUGGAUUUCAGCCGGACACUUCUAUAACUCAGCCAAUACCAACACAGCCUCCAGUGGACAAAGACAAGGAAACCACAACACUAUCAGAAACAACGACAUCACAACCAGCUACAACGACGACUACUAGUACGGAUGAAUCAACAACAGUAAAAGAUGCAGAAACUACAAUAAAAUCCUCGGAGACUGUAACUCCUGAAAAAGAGAGCAAAACUAUUCCACCGACAACUGCAACUAGUUUAGAAACCACUACAAUUAAUUUAGAGACAACUACAACUAGUUUAGAAGAAACCAAAACUAGUUUAGAAACAACUACACCUAGUUUAGGAACAACUGAAACUAGUUUAGAAACUACUACUCUCGUAAUGACCUUAACUAACGAACCACAAAACAUGCCUGAAGUUUUAGAUAUGAAAGGCGAAAACAUGACUGUAAGUACUACUCAAUUACCCCAAACAACAGUUUUAAGUACAGAGGAAACUACGAUGCUAACCUCUACUGCCAAAGAAACAACGAAAAGUGAAACAGCUAUGGCUGAAUCCACGGAAACACACAAAACCACAAUGGAAAUCACGCCCGAAAAAUACACAACUGAAGAUUUAGAACCUACCACCGAAGAAAUGAAACAAACAACUAGCAUUUCAUCAGAAAACACGAUAACACAGGAUGUUCUUAAUCAAGAGACAACACAAUCGACAACAGUUAAGGAACUUGAGACUGAACCAAGUACGACAGAAAUUAAUAUCGUGACUGUGAUUGAUGAAAUAGCUCCAACGCUACAAAAUAUGAACAUGGUGUCAGAAACAUCGAACAAAACUGAAGAGACCAUUGAAACUACUACAGAACCAAAAGUGCAGGCACCUUCUUCUGAUGCAGUUGAUGAGACGAACGAAACUACAACUUCGGAUGAAGCUGGUACAGAGACUACUGGUUUUACUCUAUCAGAGAACGGCGUUAUUACAACGGACGAACAGAUUAGCCACACAAUUUCAGACGAUAUGACAAUUAGCACGAUAUUUGUAGAUUCAACAGUGCCAAUAGAAGAAUUUGUUAUCUUAACAACUCCUCCUGACGUAGAAAUAUUAACAGAAAAAGUUACAUCGAUGUUAGAAGCCUUAGUUCUUAUGGAAGAAGGCAAUUUACAGAAACAGUCUUAUUUGACAACGGACGCUUCUUCUAACAAAAGAUCAACAGUAACAGGAAACGAAGAGGUGAUCAAGAAACCCUUAGCUCCAGAAAAUACAAUUAUUUUAAAUUAUUUAUAUUCAAAUAUAGACAAAACCAGCGGACAUCAGUCUCAGGUUCAGACAAAAAAUCAGUCCGAUAUGCAUGCUGAUAACAAGGAAGAAAUGGUUGUUUCAAAAUCUACAACGCAUUCUCCAAACAACCAUUUUGGAGAGCAUUUACACGAAUCUGUUACCAGUAGUUUAGAAGAAAUAACAUCGGGUUUUCCAACUUUGGAACCAGAUACUAUAAUAUUUCCUACUAUUAAGGACCCGAGACUGCCUCGUGCUAUUAAAGGGGAGGGGAAACCAGCGCAAUUAGGGAACUGGGUAGGGGAUGCUGCUUCAGGAUGGCACCCCAGUCCCACAGAUCAGUGGUUCUGGACAUACUCUGGGGACAAGCUAGUACCGGUGCUGACUCACUCAGCUUAUCUUCCUCACGCAGAGCUACCAUCUCUGAGAGCGUCUGCUUUACAACUGCCUCUAGACGAUGUUCGCUACGCCUUGGUUAUUCUGUUACCGAACACUUCUAGAGGACUGAAGCAGAUGCUGUACUCUCUGCAGUGGCACUCUUUGAGAGAUAUUCUGAAAUCGAUGAAGCUGACUCCUGUCUACUCAGUAGUGCCGUCGUUCACGAUUGUCAAGCAUAUCAAUCUUACGCCAGCUCUUUACAAGCUUGGCAUUAGGCACAUAUUUGAUGCGUACCUAGCCAACCUGAGCGAGCUAUCGCCUGAACCUAAUCUCUACGUGCGGACUGUAGAGCAAGUCAUUACCAUCUCUGUCCAGAAAUAUUUCACCAACCAUAAAUGGGUUGAAGCAUCUCCAAGCCAAGUGCAGCAACACUUUUUGGCAACUCACCCAUUUGCCUAUUUUGUUGUUGAUGUGGAAACCAAAGUUGCUCUGAUUGCCGGCACCAUCGUGGAUCCCUUACUUCGCAGUUCUUGACAAUCAUCGACCAAUUAACCAAUAUUUAUUACAAAUUAUAUUUUUACUGAAUCA